CAAGCGCAUGAAUCGCUUAUUAACUAACCGUUGCUGCUGUCGCUGCUGCUGCUUUAAAUGGAGCCAUCCGAUAGAUAUGAUUGAGAGCUACAGACGCUUCAGAUGCUGCUGGAGGCGCAUGUCUGCGGCAAAAGGCAGACAAGGAGCGUCUGUCUGAUGAAUGGAGAGAGAGCCAGACGGGGCUUUGCUGUACAGACUGCUGCUGCUGCGGUGGUGAUCGGAUAACCUGUUGAAUUGCAGCUUGUCAGUCAGUCAGCUCCAAUAUAAGCCAUGCAGGGCGACACUUAGACAGCAGAGAAAAACCACUCAAAACACUGCUGCGCGUUGACAAAUAACAACACAACUGGCUGCGCGUUUUUUUUUGUUUUUGUUUUCUCCAGAGAUGCAAUGUUUAAAUGUCCUCAUGUCUGUGCAUCUGCAAAAAAAUACAUACGUCAAAAUAUAAAUCAAGAAAGGGGGGAUAAUUAUUUUUAAUUUCUGACAUAUUUCUGCCAUAUUAUUAUUAUUAUAGAGACUUGUUUUGGCAUCUGAGCAGCAGUUAAGAGGCUCUACCUGGUCCGACCUUGAGUCACACAUCUCCACACUGCCUGCCUGCCUUUCUGCCUAUCUGCCCACGGAUUUCCAGUGUCUUCUUUGGUUGUUGAAAAUAGCUUGGCUGCUCCCUGCCUGCUAUGGUUAAUUCCUUAGGAACCGGUGGAUCCAGUUUGAUCCAUCCCUCUCUUUCUUUCCCUUCACCAACUUGUUGAGUCUUCCUUCCCCCCCUUCCUCCUCCUCCUCCUCCUCCUCGGUGUUCCUACUGUAAAAAAAAAAAAAAAAAAAAAAAAAAAAGAAAAGAAAAAGUGCGCCUGUGUGUGCGGCUGGGCUCGUAGUUGUGCGACUUGUGUGGAAAUAAUGUCGCAAGUUUGAAUCCAGAGCUCGAUGGGACGGUGUCGCGUUUAAAGUGGAGAGCUUCGACGCGCAGAAGAGGCUUUUUUACGCAGCAACAACUAGUCACCUGGAGGUGGAGACAUCUUACCACCCCCCCUCCCUCCGUCCUUGACUGAAGUUACCAACAGAUUUUUUCACAGGGGAGACGCUUGAAGCACUCCCUGCAGCACUUGAAAUGGAGGCUCCCGAUGGCUACUGUGCUAGUAACGGCCAAUGCUCUCCCGGUAAGGAGAACUCGAGAAUGUUGGCGGAUGCGUCAACACCUAAUGGACAGACGGUUCCUCAGGGUCCUAAUUCCCCCAGUGAACUGAAAAUUAAACAAGAGGAGGAAACGGCGGAGGAGGCUGACGACAGAAGCCCGGCACUUGAAGAAACAAGCCAAACAGGGGAGGAAGGAGUGUCAUUGGAGGAAUCCAUGAGCGUCAGCCCCAGCAAUGUACAGGAUGGAUUAUCUGAUCCAAACUUGGCAGCCGACGCAGGAAGUCAGCAACCACACGGUGACAGGCCGUUCCAGUGCAACCAGUGUGGCGUCUCAUUCACCCAGAAGGGAAACCUGCUGCGACACAUCAAGCUGCACACAGGCGAAAAACCCUUCAAAUGCCCCUUCUGCAGCUACGCCUGCCGGCGGCGCGAUGCCCUCAGCGGGCAUUUGCGCACUCAUGCUGUUGGCAAACCACACAAGUGUAACUACUGUGGGCGGAGCUACAAACAAAGAACGUCAUUGGAGGAACAUAAAGAACGCUGCCAUAGUUACCUGCAGGGCAUCAGCUUGGAUCCGAACGCCAACACUGGCCCUUACACAGUUGAGGUCCCCAAAGAGCAGAGACCCAUGGCAGAGCCCAACACCAUGGCUACCUUUGAUCGGCCGCCCGUCAUUGAGAGGCUGCACAGCAACGUGGGCAAGAGGAAGAGCACCACACCUCAGAAAUUUGUCGGUGAAAAGAUGCGCUACAGCUACCCUGAACUAGGCUAUGAGAUGGGCCUUAAAUAUGACAAGCAGGCUGAAAUGAUGUCAGCCCACAUGAUGGACCAGGCCAUCAGCAACGCCAUCACAUACCUGGGAUCAGACACUAUUAGGCCCAUGCUCCACCGUCCAGGUCCCCCUCUCUCUAUGGCUGGCGUGAUGCCCAUGGUUAACCCCCUCUUCCACCACGUCAUGCCAUUGGGCCAACGAACAGAUCAUCCAGGAAACUGUGACACGCUGCCACCACAGCCGCCUCAGCAUCAUGAUGCUGCCAUCCAUCCAACCACAAAUGGCCCCACUGUUUUAACCAGGCAUGGCAAGCUGCGCCAUCCAGGGCAAGAAGAAUCUCCCAACAAUAGUGGAAUGGAUUCUGCUGACUCAGCUCGCAGCAGCCCUCACGAGACGCAUGGCAACCACGGGAGCAACCCCCAUUCCGCCAUCAGGUUUCGAGCCAGUCCGGCGAUGGUCUAUCCAGGCGAGCGGGUGACGGAAGCAUCGCCCAGAGGCGGGGCAGGAAUGGGGACCGGGAUGGCGCGAGUGGCCACAGAGAGGCCCGUGAGCCAGGAAGGGGUGCGGGUGUUUGGACGAGACGGCCGGGAGGUACGGAACUUCCAGUGCGAGCACUGUCAGGUGCUCUUCCUGGACCAUGUCAUGUACACCAUCCACAUGGGUUGCCACGGAUACAGAGAUCCAUUGGAGUGCAACAUCUGCGGUCACCGCAGCAAAGACAGCUACGAGUUUUCCUCUCACAUAGUCCGUGGCGAACACACCUUCCAGUAAGAGGAUGGGUAGGAAUUAAGGGAAAGACAAAAGAUGGAGCAAUAGCCUAAUAUCCGUCCGACCCCCAUGGCCUCUGAGACUGCACAGCUGAAUGGCACUGUAGACAAGUGUAGCACAAUCAUAGCAUAGACUUCUUUUUAAGCUAAUUAUUGUGAAAAUGAACAGUUGAACAAUCAUAUGAAGGUUUGGGCCAAAGACACAUUUUCUACAUAUUUAAUUAAUAUACAAGAAGGAAGGUAAGUUUUUUCUCUCGCUCUCUCUCAAAAUGUUCAUGAAUUGUAUAACAGAGCAGCUGUCAGAUGACUUUAACUAGUUUUUCAUUUUAGUCUUAUUUAGAAAAUGUCUCCUGUUGCGCUUGUCCUGUCAUUAUGCUUUUGUUACAGGAACAUGUUUUCACUCUUAGAAGUAAUGAAUGCAGUAAAACCAGAGAGAAUAUCAUAAUUAACACUGAUGACAGAGGUAAAGACUUUAGGUAGUCUCUAAUUCAAUUAAUUCAUGAUAAAAACAUGAACAAUUAUGGAUUAUUUCACGGUCAUAAUAGCAGUAUGGUAUUGUACUGGCCCACUUACUCUGCCAUAUCACACAGGAUCCGUGCAGUUUUCUUUUUCUCUCUUUUUUUCUGAUAUUGCCAUGGCACGUAAUGCUUGUUUUUCCUAUGAUCAAUGGUGAAAUAUACAUAAUGUCAGUUAGCUCUGUGUGUCCUAGCUGCAAGCAACUUGGUGUCCAUUUGGACUUGAUUGCCAGUGCUGUGGUUGUCUCUGAUUGUACUGAUGGUCGUGUUUAGAAGGUCAUCCACGAGUUAGGAAUCUCUCGCUAGAAGGUUAAGGUUAUGCAUUGACCUUAAAUAGUUAAGGUCGGGAUAGGUCGUCUGGCAGCAAGAGUCGCAAGGGUUUUUGCAAGUUUUUGCCAGAUUUUGCAAUUUGCUGGUUUCCUUCCAGAUACCACCAUCUAUCUGCAGCUGUAGAAAUCUGACCAGUCCCGCCAUCAUCUCACCAUUUAGUUCUGCUUUAAUAUUGCAUCGUAUAACUGCAGAACUUCAAUGAAUUAGCAUACAAAGAUUACUACCAAUAUUAUAGUAAUUAAACAAUUAGAAAUGAUUUCAGACUUUACUUUUGACCCCCAAUAAUGGAUACAACAACAAAUACAAUUAGUUGAGACUUUUAUUCCUGUACUCCUGUAAGUUAAGAGAACUUGGAGGCUUUAUGAAGAGCUUAUGAAGAGCUUAUGAAGAGAAGUGUUAAUAUGAGUGGCCAUUGAAUGUGUAAAUAAACACAAAUAAAAACUAGAUUUACAGAUGUAUAUCACAACUACUAACAAUUGCUACUAAAUGUUGCAUACGUACAAUGCAUUCAAAAUGAUUCAUGUUCAUAUAAUACCUAAUUUGGGAAGUUGGUGAAGUUUAAGCCAAAGUUAUGCCGUAAAGCGAAUGCUAAUACUUUAAAAAGGCUACAUAGCUACAAAACCUACCUCUUUGUAAGAUUCAGCUGAUGUGGUGGCCUUCAUUAAUACACUUCGACUGACAUUAUAUUGCAUUAUAGGGCUGUUUUUUCAUUGUCUUUGCUACACUUGAGUAAUGGGCUAUACUAGCAGCCUAUGUUAGCGGUGCUAGCUAGCUAACUAAGGUUAUAUUUCCUAUCACAAAUCAUGCAUUUUUUUUAGACUAUCAACUGCUUAGUUUUUACUUGCACCACCAAUGUUUAUACAGUUGUCUGUGGCUGGUAAAGCACUUCCAUACCACUACUAGCACAGAGCACCACCAACUUCCUGUGGCUGGCUUGUAUAUUUUGUUAAUUUUAAAACAAGUCAAAAGCUGAAACUAUUUUGAAAAAUUAAAAUUUUAGUAUAAUCUAUAAAUCUAUUUAAAAGACUUCAACUGUAUAUAUUUUUUUUUUAAUUGAAAAAAAAAAAGAUUUAGCUUUCCAUCACAAAUCAAUUCCACAUGCAGAUUUGACAAUUUUCAAUAAAAAAUGAAUAAAUAAUAUCACAAACCGUUUUACAUUCAUAUGCAAAAGAAGCAUUUCCAAUCCAAGGUUUAAAUAUAAUGCAUUUGGAGUUAAUUAAUCUGAUAAAAUAAUAAAAUAUACAUAUAAAAGUGUAAUAUACAUUUGUAAAUCUUUAUAUUUCUAUCUCAUGAAACUGCAUUUGUUGCUUGUAUUGGGACUUAUUUCUCUCCAUAAUUAUCAGCAUCUGUUCAGUUGGCACUUACAAGGUAGAACUAUUGAUCAUGAAGCAAAAUCACAAUGAAAGGAAAACAAGGACGUACACAACGUGUAGCCUAAUGGUAUUUUUCAGCCCUGGGGCCAUAAAAAGUUCAGCCAUGGCCGUGUUUUUCUCCUCUGCCAAGCUAAUGCAUUUCUCCACACAAAUAACUGGCCAUUUAUUUGUUUCCGUGGUUGCUCCUAUAGAAAAAUUAUUAGAUCCUGGUGACUCGUGGGUUGUGUUGCUUGCAGUUUGAGCACACAGUUAGAUUCCCAAAUUAGUAUCAUAGUUUGUUUGAAACUGGCAGACUUCCACAUUGACACUGAAAUGGCAAAAUUAUGCUUUACGGCAAUGGAUACCAAAGGGAUAACGGAGGCAAAAGAUACUGCAUGGGUUGCUCUUCUCUGAUGUACCUCACUUGAAGCUUUAGGCUCAUCUUUUUCAUCUAAUCCACUUUGUGCUUUAGGCUGGAUGGCUGUGAGUGUACUAUAUAUAGUAUAAUUGCUGUGCUUUUUCUUUUCUUUCAGUGCUUGGGUACGGGGUCAGUUAGGGUCUGCAUUAUUGGUGCUGUUUUCUAGCACAGUAAAUACAUGCUUAUAUCUGGUUCAAUGCCAUCUCUCAUCAUGUUUGUAUGUCAUAACAAAUACAAGGAAAACAUCACAAACUCUGCACAAAAAGCUGCUUUUGAGGUGCUUCGUCCUUGGCACCUUUACAUUUUGCUUUAUUUGCAGCCUAAAUUAUGCAUCAUGGGAAUAGAGGGAAUUCUUGUUGAUUCGUCUUGUUGAUUUCCUGCCAUAAUGUCACUACAUUCAUGUAUGACCUUAUACAGGGUGCAUCGAGAACGAGACAGCAUGAGCGAGAGGAAACGUGAGCGUGGUUACCACGUAGUUUUACUCUAAAAUAUUAGCCUCUUUCCACCUCCAACCUCCAAGGAUAAUAGGUUUUGAUCAAUAAGGCUAGCUGCAGCUCUUUCAUAGCUACUGUGAAAAGACACAGAAAAGACUGUGCUUUGUACAGUUGGCCCUGCACUUUAUGUCCAUGCCCUGACUAUAAACACUGCUGUUUUGUUUUUUUCUUUUUACAAUAAAGUGUAGGUAGAAUGGGAAUCAAAUCACUGGCAGAACACAGGUCAGUCUUUAUCCUGAUAAAACAAUCGCACAUUGCAAAGUAAGCUUACGCUGCCUGACGAACAUUUACAUUUUGUAACAAUACUCACAAGAAGUUUGGCAUUACUAGUUUCACACUGGUCAGCAUCAUUAACAGUUGAUUAUUCUGUGAGGUUUAAACUCAGUGAUUUACUCUUCUAUGUUCAAUGUCUACUUGUGAUCAAAAGGCAGCUUUUUCUCUGUUUACAUGUCGCUUCUCUUAUGCGCAACUGGUGCCCAGCUAGCAUAAAAAAAACCUCUACUGUCUGCAAAGUAUUGGCACUGGAAAUUGUUUACACCUUGCGGCUGUGAUAUUGACUCUAUACAUUCCUCUAUUAUAUCAUUCCUGUAUAUAUUUAUUAUCUAAAGCCUUAUCUGUCAUCCAAAAACAACAUAUCCUUUUACUAAUCCUAUGAUCAAAUAUAAUUAGUGCUAUCCUGAUUUUUCUGCAGUAGAAAUACAAACAAAAACAGAACUAAAUUAACUUGAUUUGGGUAUGUAUGACAGGAUUUUCAAAUGAAAUGCUGUUUUUUCAGUGUUCAUUUGCUCUUGAUGGGAAGACGCAGAAGUGUUUUUUCCUGAUCUCAUAUUAGUAUUGUAAUAAGGACAGCCUUACAAAUUCUUUAAAUGAAGCAGCCAUAUGAACAAACAAAAAAAGUAAGAAAAAAAAGGUCUUCUGUCAGCCCUCCUUGCGAGUGAGGAGUUUACUUGAAAAUCGAAAUCAUUGCUAUUUGUUUCCGAUUGCGGGGAUGUUUUUUGUAAAUUUUGAAAAUGCGUGCGCUAAAUGUCUAUUUUUCUGCUGAAUUGUUAAUGCAAAUAGUUUUGUGAACUUUUCUGUGUGUUUUUUUUAUUAUUUUAAAAAAAAUGUUUACAAAAAUGUAAAAGGCAGGGUUCAGGUGACUUGUAUUUUAUAAGAAAUAAUAUAUGAAAGGUGUAUAUUUUGGCACUGAAAUUAAACAGAAAAGUGUGCCGAUUGAUCAACUCUGAUAUUGAUAACAACUUUCUGACGUGAGGGCUCUCAGGUAUUUGCAUAUAGGUUGUGUAUUUUUAUGUCCUAAAAUAUGUGAUUUAUUUAUCAAGAAGUUAAUUGAAAUUUCUCAUGACUUAAAUCAGUCCAACACUGAGUGUGGUGAAGGAAGUUAGGUGAUUGAUCAGCCCUGUUUUCAACAUCAAUGACAUAACAUGAAGACACACUGCUGUGAAGAGUACAAUGUAUAUUUUUAAGGCAUGGGUUUCUCUCUAUUAAAGACAUGAUUUUACUGC